GCCUGUAAGUAUCAAGUAUCCAUCAUUGACGUCACGAGACAAGCUUUUGGUGGAGUGCUUCACUAGAAACCAGUUUCGUUCGAGUAUAGCUAGAUUGUGCGAGGAAAUGUGAACAUCACUAGUACCGAAGAUCGAGACGAGCUCAUUUUUUGUUUUGGAGAAAACACGUCCCGAUCUUCACCUGGUCACAGGCAAAGCCCAAUGCUAACGGAGAUAGGAUAUUGUACCAGUUGUUGGCUUACUUCCAAGAUCAGCGCACGUUACUAAAGUAGACAUGACUAGAAUUGUGACUGCCUCAUCAUUAGGCAUCGUGUUAUUUAUGAUUCUUUCGACCAAAGAUCAACAGGUUGAGGGCUGCCGGUGUGUUAAGAAGGACGAAUGUAGCGCUGCCAAUAGCACUAACGUGUUCGUGGUUCCUUCCGAAUUCAGUGGCAAUGUUGGACACCUGAGUCAAGUGAGCGAAAUGUUUGAUUUGAGAUUGGACGAAGGCUGCGAUUUACUGGAAACAUGCUGUGAAGAGCAAGAUAUUGUGGCUGCUAUCGAGCCCAAUAAAAGAUCCACCUUUGAUCAAUGCGGCAUGCGUAAUCAGCAAGGAAUAGGCUACAGGCUGGUUGGCGAUAAAAUUGGAAUAUCCGAGUAUGGUGAGUUCCCGUGGACGUUGAUGGUGCUUCGGUCGGAGAUGGUCUUUGACGUCCGCAAGGAGGUGUACAUGUGCGCAGCCUCGCUGAUCGCGCCCAAUGUCGCAUUAACGGCAGCACAUUGCCUGAGGGAGUAUCGGAAUGAGAAAAUCUACGUUCGUGCCGGCGAAUGGGACACAAGUUCUGAUAAGGAAAAAUAUGCCACCCAGACUCGUCAAGUUAAAAACAUCAUAAACCACGAAAGAUACAACGAUCAUCACCACAACAACAUAGCGCUGCUAGUAUUGGAAGCUCCUUUCAAUGCCGACGAGAAUAUUCAGACCAUCUGUUUGCCCCCUCCGAAUGCAAAUUUUGAUGGCCAAGAGUGUUUUACCGGCGCUUGGGGAAAAGAUGACUUCAACAAGGGUAAAAUUCAAAACAUUCUUCGUCGAGUAGAGGUUCCCAUUCUGCCUCACAGACAGUGCCAGGAAGAUUUCCGAAAAACUCGUUUGGGGCCACUUUUCGUUCUAGACAAGAGCUACAUUUGUGCCGGUGGCGAAGAAAAGGUGGAUGUGUGUACGGGAGAUGGCGGAGCUCCUUUGGUUUGUGCUUCCUCCGGCAACAGUGAUCAGUACUACCAAGUGGGUAUCGUGGCAUGGGGAAUAGGGUGUGGCCAAAAGGGAGUUCCAGGGGCCUACACCAAUGUUCCCAUGUUCGUUGAUUGGAUUCAGGGAAAAUUGAGGGAGCUUGGAUCCUCUAAUAAGGGGUCCCAGUGGACCGCGGUAUAGAAGGACACUUUCAAAUUUGCAGUAUGCAUUUACAUAAUUUUAUUUAUCCGUUUAGCGAAUAGAAUGAAAGAAAUAAUAAAAUAUUUACCUAGAA